AUGCAAGCGGUGCUCAGUCUAUACGCGACGGGCCGUACGACUGGUGUAGUGCUAGACUCGGGCGAUGGCGUCACUCAUGCCGUUCCCAUUUACGAGGGUUUUGCACUUCCGCUGUCAAUAGUGCGCUCGGAUAUCGCCGGACGAGAUGUGACCCGAUAUCUGAAGCUCUUGUUGCGAAAAGAGGGCCUUAUAUUUAACACAACCGCUGAGUUUGAAGUCGUAAAGAAUAUAAAGGAAAAAAUCUGUUACUUGACAUCCAAUCCUCAGCGGGCUCUCGACGAGCACUCGGCCGGAAGCGGUUCUGAUAUCGAGAAAACCUCAUACAUAUUGCCGGACGGAAGUAAUGUUGACAUCAACGCCGGUCCGCGUAUGAGAGCCCCUGAGAUCCUAUUCCGACCGGAUCUGAUUGGUUACGAGUUUGAAGGCGUUCACGAAGUACUGGUCUAUAGUAUACAGAAAUCGGAUUUAGAUCUUCGAAAAGUGUUUUACCAAAACAUUGUGUUAAGCGGUGGAAGUACUCUAUUCAAGGGAUUCGGUGACCGAUUGCUGAACGAAGUGCGCAAAAUGGCG